UACAAAUGGUCUAAAUCCUGAUUAAAAAAAUGAACAUGUUUCAGAAUGGACAAAACAAUGAUAAUGGCACAUUACACGAAUACCUCUACUGUGUCAUUUCCAACUAAAAAGCAAUCAUCUUUUGUUGUAUAGCAGUGGUUCCCAAACUUUUAACGUCCGCGUAUGCCUUCAGACAUUUGACCUGAAGCCAUGUACCCCCGACUCUUGCACACUCGCACUCACUUUUCACCCUAAAAUAGUGAACAUUUUAACAGAAUUUUCAAAUUGAUAGUACUUCCGGGUCAAAAACGUGUAUUUGCAUGAAAGUUUCACGAGUGGCUCUAAUGAUGUCAUCCACCAACUAGAACGCAGGAGCUGCGUCAGCAUGCUUAAAAUGAAACUUAAAAGUUACAUCUCAACAAGAAACUCUUGGGUCGCCCUGACAGAUAAUGCCCGCUGAAAAGCCCAAAGCUGUGGUUAUGGCCCCCUCCCGGCUAUACGCGCUUCCUUCGCUGACAGGAUAUAAAAACCACGAUCCCACAAAAUCCAAAGCACCAAGCUACACUUUAGGGGGUCGCUUCACCAAAACCAAACUACAUGUCUCACCUGGACCGGCGCACUUUGUCCCAUCAAACAUCACCAAAAAUGGCCGAGAUGGCACUCCAGCAUUUUCAUUUGGUAAACGUCGAAAGGAGCCAGCGCAUGCUGAAAUUCCUGCACCCAACUGUUACAGCCUUGAAAGUGCAGAGAAGUACACUUUCCGCUCUACUCCUUCGUACACUUUAACUGCAAGAAGGAAACAACUUGUAAACAGCAACCAAAGCGGACCCGGUCCAGCUGCCAACAUGCUGCCACCUGUUCUAGGACCUAAAACUGUCACGAUACCUGCAGUACCUGCAUACUCUAUCCUUGGCCGCCGUAAAGUUGGGACCUUUUUGGACGACUUGUCAAAGUCUCCAGGCCCUGCAGCCUAUGAAGCUACGGACCCCAAAACUUACCUGAGAAAAUCUCCUGAGUUCAGCAUGCCUGGCCGCAAGUUCCCACCUCAAGGUUCCACAAAGACACCAGCACCUGGAGUAUAUUGUCCUGAGAAGGUCACAUCUAAUAGCUCAAAAGCGCCAGCUUUCACCUUUGGACGUCAUCACUCGGAAAAAACCAUCAUCCCCCUUAUGGCUGUGGAUAAAUGUCAACAUGCAAUAACUCUCAUUUAAUUUGGAAAUUUCACACUGCAGAUAAACAGUUGGUGUGAAUGAUCAAGGUGCUAAAGUUGAAAGCCAGUCAGUGUUUGAAAUGCAUUUACAAGGCUAGGUAUUUGGUGGAGAUUUGCAAAAAAAAAAAAAAAAUCUACCCAUAUAACCGCUGCUGCACCAUACAUUGUGUUUAUUAGUGUCUUUAGGGUAUAUUUUUUAUUUAAAAAUGUCAGUCCUUAUUGCUCCUUAUUGCAAUCUUAUAACAUAGACAGAACAAAACCUUCCAUCCAUCCAUUUUCUUUGCCACUUCUCCUCAUUAGGCAAUCCCAGCUGACUUCGGGCGACAGGCGGGGUACACCCUGGACUGGUCGCCAGCCAAUUACAGGGCACAUAUAGACCAUUCACACUCACAUUCAUACCUAUGGACAAUUUAGAGUCGCCAAUUAACCUAACAUGCAUGUUUUUGGAAUGGGAGGAAAGGAGAAAACCCACACACGGGGAGAACAUGCAAAUGCCACACAGAAAUGCCCAACGGAGAUUCGAACCCAGGUCUUCCCCGAUCUCCUGACUGUGACUGUGUGGCCAACAUACUAACCACUAGACCACGCCUCAAGAAUAUAGAUGUAUAAUAAAGAUAACCAGGUCACAGUGUCUCAAGAACAUACAUUAAUAAUAAGGAUAACCAGGCCACAUUGCUCUUUAAACAAUACUUUAACAUAAUAAGAAACCAAAACCCAGUUUUAGUGUUG